CUAUCAGCUGGCAUCAUCUCCAACAUCUCCAGCAUCGAUUUUUCUUUUUCUGUGGUGCUUUUUUUUUAUUGCAGAGGGUCAAAAAUGAACCUGGCCGUUCUGUGCCUCUGCUUGGCUAGCACAGCUUGUGCUGUACCACUGCAGUACUUGCCUAAAUUCACUGCUCCCAGACUGCCGGCUCCACUUGCACAGAUAAAAAAUCCCUUCACAGCUGGUUUCCAACAGCCUGGAGUUCCUGGUGCUUAUAGUGUGGAAAUAAUUUAUCCCCACACAUUUCCUGGUGCCGCAGGAGGCGUAAACCCAGCACAGCCCUUUCCCACUUAUGGCUUUAUCAAGUACUCCAUUCCUCAGCCACCAGGCAGACAGAGUGUGGAAGUCUUCUACCCAUAUGACUUCCGUCGGCAAAUGAUAGUGCCACAGAUCCCUCCUAUGACAAAUGUCCCUCCAGUGCCAGAUGUUCUUCCAUUUGAAUUUCCCCCUCAAAAUAUUCCCCAGCAACCCCUGAAUAUUCCAUCAUUUGAUAUUAAUGCUCUUCCCUCCCAGGAUCCCCCUCAACCGCUCCAGCAGGAUCAGCCCAUACAGACCAGCCAGAUGCCAGCAAAGGUGUAAAAGUGUGAACUCUUCUUUCCUCCUCAACAUUCAAACAUCAACAGUGGAAGAGAUGAUAUUAAAUCCCAAGUGAUUCUGUUUUUAAAACGUUUAUCUUAAAUUAAAAUGCAUAGAUUAUCAAAGAAUAACUUUGAUUUAAGUUUUUAAAUUAAGGAAUAAGAAUAUUACUAAACUGUAGUAUGACAUUGUCAUCUGCAUAGAAUGGAACAUAUUUCUGAACUUCUGUAUGUUUUCCUUUGUUUUUAUAGAUUAACAAUAACCUGUUGUAGAAUUGCAGACUCGUUGUAGCCUGUGAUGCUGCAUUUUCACAGUAUCUGCAAAUCUUCAUUAAUUAAUUCUAACUUUUCCCUAAAGUAUCAUUUUAUUUUAAGAAAUAAAGUCAACAUUUUGAAGCAAA